AACACUCACUCUCCCACUCCUUCUCACUCUCUGCUCUCCCCACCCCAAAAAAAUAUUCUGCACAUAAACUGUUUGUUAAAAUUCCCAGCUGACAGACACCAGACUCCAAUCCCAUCUCAACCUCCUCCGAUAAAAAACCCAUAACUGCCAUCACUUAUCACUCUCAUGAUCCCCACUCCCCACACAGACUUCUUCUCCCCAACGUCUUCAAUGGGUUCUCCUUAUAUCGACUAGAUUUCAAUCUCCCUCCCAAUCGAUCUCCUCUGUUUCUUCUUUCAUACUCUGUUUUCCCCUACUCAGUUUUUCCCCCACACCAUGCUGCUAAUGGACUACCUCAACGAAGUAGAAGGCAAAAGGACCCACGACCCUUACUUCGACUCCGCCGCCGCCUCCCCGGGCCGGACCGUCUGGGUCACGGGAGCCCUGAUCGUCGGCGCCGGCCCAUCCGGCCUCGCCACCGCGGCCUGCCUGAAAGCCCGCGGCGUCCCAAGCCUGAUCGUCGAGCGGGCCGAUUGCAUCGCCUCGCUGUGGCAGCACAAAACAUACGACCGCCUACGCCUACACCUCCCCAAACAGUGCUGCCAGCUCCCUCUCAUGCCUUUUCCUACCGAUUUCCCAACCUACCCGACCAAACAACAAUUCCUCGGCUACCUCGAGUCGUACCGGACCCGAUUCGGUCUUGAACCGGUCUUCAACUCGGCGGUCGAGACCGCGGAGUUCGACCGCCGCUGGGAGGUCUGGCGGGUCAAGACGGUCGUCGCGACGACGACGGCCCGACCCCAGGAGGUGGAGUACGUGUGCCAGUGGCUGGUGGUGGCGACGGGGGAGAAUGCCGAGGCGGUGGUCCCGGAGCUCGACGGGAUCGAGGCGUUUCGCGGGCCGGUGGUCCAUACGUCGUCGUAUCGGAGCGGCGAGGGGUUCGCCGGGAAGAAGGUGUUGGUCGUCGGUUGCGGGAAUUCCGGCAUGGAGGUCUGCCUUGACCUUUGCAACUACAAGGCUCGUACCUCUCUCGUCGUUCGAGACUCGGUGCACGUCUUGCCGCAACAGAUGCUAGGGACGUCCACUUUCGGGCUGUCGAUGUGGUUGACCAAGUGGUUCUCGAUUCGAGCCGUGGACCGGUUCUUGCUCCUCAUGUCGCGCCUCAUGUUGGGCGACACCGCUCGCCUCGGCCUGACUCGCCCCAAGCUCGGGCCCUUGGAGCUCAAGGGGCUCACGGGCAAGACUCCGGUCUUGGAUGUUGGGACUCUUGCCAAAAUCAGAAGUGGUCACAUCAAGGUCCGACGUGGGAUCAAGAGAAUAACCCAUCAGGCCGUGGAGUUCGUGGACGGAAGGGUCGAGAACUUCGACGCCAUUGUGCUAGCCACAGGUUACAAGAGCAACGUCCCGACAUGGCUCAAGGAACGAGAGAUGUUCUCGGAGAAAGACGGACUGCCUCGGAGAGCGUUCCCGAACGGGUGGAAAGGCGAAAACGGGCUGUUUGCGGUGGGGUUCACAAAGCGUGGUCUGCUGGGGGCUGCCAUUGAUGCGAGGAGGAUCGCGGAGGAGAUUGAGCUCCGUUGGAAAGCUGACCAGACUAAAGUGAAGUAGUAAUUAAAUAAAAAACUACUACUGGGUGGCAAUGGCAUGGUGGAGAGAAGGAGAAGGAAAAAAAAGUGAAGAAAAAAGGAAGAUUAUUGAAUUAAUUAGUAGUAGCAGCAGUAAUUAGUAGUAGUAGGGAGCUGAAUUAGUGGGGGGAAAAUUUUUCAUUAAUUAAUUGAGAUUUUGGGGGUGUCUUAAUAAUCAUCCCUAAAUCUUAAUUAAUUAAUAUUGACGACCGGCCUCUUUUGAUCAACUGCACAAAAUCUAGCUCUAGGAUGGGGAUAAUUAGGAAAGGAUUAAGUUUGGUGAGUGAUAGGAUCUUUUGGUUUGUAAAUGUCUUUUGUAAAUGAAUGGUGGUUUUUUUC